AUGAUGCUUCGUCGUCUCGUGACCUCUUUCUCGUCAAUCGGCUCCAGAAGCCUUUCUUCGACGGUGCAGGCGCGCGUCGGAAUUCCGUUCGUCAUUGAUAACGAAGGAAAAGGAGAACGGACGUAUGACAUCUACUCGAGACUUCUGCGAGAUCGAAUCGUCUGUCUCAUGACUCCGGUAAUCAAUCAAUAUUAUUGCGGCUAGAAGUAUAGGAAUCCGGUUUUUCCCGCAUUUUUCAGCUUUUUUACAGACAUUUUCAACAGUGAUACUUUUAGGUCGACGAUUUCAUCGCAUCGGCGCUCAUCGCACAACUGCUCUUUCUGCAAAGCGAAAGCGGAAAGAAGCCCAUCCACAUGUACAUCAACAGUCCAGGUGCAUAAAAUAUUUAAAAAAUGGGCCGAACCGGGGAUUGAACCCGGGACCUCUCGCACCCAAAGCGAGAAUCAUACCACUAGACCAUUCGGCCGCGGAAACAUUGGCUUCCGUCUUCGAUUUUGCAUCAGUUUCAUUCUCUUGACACUCAUCGCGGCGUUUUCCGCGCGGAAAGCAACACUGAACAAGCAAGUCAUUUUCCGCGCGUAAGAAUGAAAAGCGCCAAGUCGUGUUUCGCAAUGGAAUCCGCUGCUUUCGCGGCCGAAUGGUCUAGUGGUAUAUAUACGAUUCUUGCUUUGGGUGCGAGAGGUACCGGGAAUCCCCGGUUCGGCCCAUCCCCUUUUAGUCUUUUACUUGAUUUCCAUGAUAUUGUCCAGGAGGAUCUGUAACUGCCGGCCUCGCCAUUUACGACACAAUGCAAAUGAUCAGUGCUCCGGUUGCCACGUGGGUCGUCGGACAGGCCUCUUCUAUGGGAUCUCUGCUGCUGGCGGCUGGUGAAAAGGGAAUGCGAAGUGCCCUGCCCAACGCCCGUAUCAUGGUUCAUCAGCCAAGUGGAGGAGCUCAGGUGACUCAUUCUCGGUUUUGA